GAGAAAAAUAGAUACAGAAACGGAAACUUAUUUAGGCAAAAAGAAUAAAGCUGUGACGUCAAGAGAGCCAAGGUUGCAGAGUUAUCCAGACUGGUCAUCGGAUUACCUGGAUUUACUCGCACUGAGAAGUUAGGAUCUUACAAGAUGAGCGUAAAUUGGAUUGUAUGGGCCAAAACCAAUCGCAAUGUUGGCCUGCAAACGGAAAUUGGAGAUGAUUUUCUUGUUAUUAUUGAGGCGCAGCUUGGCGGUGCCACCGCAGCGGCGGAACCGGACCCAAAGAUGAUCAAACUGCGACCAUAUGUGCCCUCCAAGAGGAUUGCCAUACGGGACUCGUCCAUCGAUGAGGACGCCAGCGACGAUGUCGAGGACGAGGUGUUCAUCAAGGAUGCCAGGUCGGCGAAGCGCAGCGAGGAGCAGGGUCUGAAGAGACCCCUGAUGGCGCCGCGUCGCAAGCACAGUCCAGGAUCUGGACCCGGUUCGGGGUCAGGUUCUACUCCCAUUAUGAAGCAGCACAGGAGGCGGCGCUGCUGUCGCUGCUGCGAGCCCUUCUGCUACGCCCUGGCCGCCCUAACGGUGCUCUGCGCCCUGCUCAGCCUGGCGGCCCUUAUGCUGACGCUCUUCCCGCUGCCGCUGCAGCGCAUCCGCCACUGGUGGCGCCCCGAUCCCGCCCAGCUGGCUGCCAUCUCAGCGGGCGCCUCCCGCAUCGCAUACGGCAGCUCCAUGGGCAGCGAGUUCGUGCCCUGCACCCAGAUCAGUGUCCAGAAGAGAUGGACCCGCAGCUUGGCCCGCAUGAACAGCGAGAGUCCUCUUCGGGCGGCCGAUCUGAAUGGCGACGGCAUCAAGGACGUGGUCUUUGGUUACGGAGUGGACGACAACAUCCACUACGAGGGCAUCCCCUUGCCGCGCUGUCAGUCCGCUCAGCAGGGGGAGGAGGUGCCUUGCGAGGGUGGCGUGGUGGCCUUGAACGGACUGGAUGGCUCCAUUUUGUGGCAAUCUUGGAGCGUGGCGAACGUCUUCUCGCUGCACUGCAGCGCGGAUGUGGACGGCGAUGGAGGCACCGAUUGCGUGGCUGCUGGAAGGUUGGGGAUGAUCUACGCCAUAAACGGCCGCACUGGUUCCAUAAUCUGGCGCUUCCGCGAGUUAGAAGUGGAGACCAACUCCCCCAUCGUCAUGGACCUGUACACGAUCAACGUUCUGCGCGAUCUGGACGGGGAUUCGGUGCCGGAGAUAAUAGCAGCCCAUCUGGAAGAGCGCGAGGAGUCCAAGGCGGGGCACAUUAAGCUGAUCUCGGGGAAGACGGGCAAGGUGAUCCGGAGCAUUCCAACGCCCUACCGCGAGGAGAUGUUUGUGCCCAUUCAGCUGCUCACACAGACGGAUGGAACGGAGCUCCUGCUGAUCGUCACGGGGGGUCAGAACACGCCGGGUGGUAUCUACUCCUUGCGACUGCACUCCCUGAUGGCGCACACCAGUGAGAAGCACUUCACCCCGCUGCAUCGACAACCGGGAUCGGGUUUGAUGGUGCCCGCCGUAAUAACCGAUCUGAAUGGCGAUGGCAUCUCGGACGUGGUGGUGGCCGCCUUCAACCGGAGUGUCCUGGCCUUCGACGGAGCCAACUACACCAUGAUGUGGAACUACACCUUUCCGGCCAGCGAGUGCGUCAGUGCCAUUGUGCCGGGCCUCUUUGACCACGACAAUGUCACGGAUUUCAUGGUGAAGUACAACACGGGACCGGGAUUCCCAGUCUACUACUACUCGCAGACCACCAUCCUGAGUGGCAAAAAUGGACAGCCCCUGCUGAGUGCCGUGAUGACGGAUGCUGGAGGUGCGAAUAGCCUCCUGGGAGGGGUUUCCAUCUCGCAGAGCUUCGGAGGCGACUUCUUCCUGCACUGGCAGCUGCAGUGCCGCAAUCGUCCGGAUGCCCGGGAUGCCUACGAAUUCGUCCCCGAUAGCGACAUCAUACUCCAGGCCAGGGCCGAUACAUGUCGGCUGAGGUAUAAUGAGUCCACGGUGCUCAAGCUCUACGGGAUUGCCAGGCACAUUGAGCCACCAGGAGCGGUUUUGUUCAGCACCGAUGAUCUGGAGGUUCGGCUGAAUCGCACACAACGACCGGCGGCGGCGGCGGGAAAGAAAUCUCCACUGAAGCAUCCCAAGCUGCUUAAGAAGCUCCUGGACGGAAAUCGGGAGCAACUACUUCGCCAGGUGGCCGCCGGAAAGGUAUUUGAAAAUGGUAAUGGAAAUAGUAAUGGUAUCGGUGGGGCAACGGAACAACCUGGUAGGCGAUCAAAAGCCCACCACAGGCACAAUCCUCUGAUGGAGCAGCAACUGCAGGAGUUACUACCUCAGGGAGCAGAGAACGAGCUGCCCAGUUUUGGAAUGGGAGGAGGUUACCCCAAGGAAGCCUACAAGGAGUUUCAGAAGGACUACGAAGGCCUACAGCUGCCGCCGGAAAGUGCCAAUCCUCUGCGUGUUCCGGAGGAAUACGAGCUGGUGUACAACGACGAAGUGCCUCCGCUUCUGGAGCAGAGUGACCGUGACAGGCCCAUCCACCUGCGGUCCAAGUAUCCCAGCGCAGGGAGUCGCGAUGUGCGCAGCGGGUUCCUGGAGGCCAGGGGAGGCACCAUUUCCACCUCCACCACCCAAGGCACGCCCAGUUCCACCGGGCAACCCAUGUCCGCCCAGUCCCCGCUCAGCCUUUGGGAUCUGGAGCUGGACAACGAGGCGCGGGAACAGGCUGUGGACGCCCAGGAAGGCAACAAAAAGCAGAAAAGGCGUCGCAAGAGACGCGAGAGUGCUUCCGGAACCACGACUGCAACUGGCGAGGAUUCCCCUGGGCGAGAGGAGUCCUCCGGAGCGGACUGGUACUUGGCUUCCAUCUCAUCCACCGGCGUGCUGCUGAAGGCCCUGGGCAACGCCAGUUCCUCGCUGGACUUUGCCUUCGUCCUCAACAUCCGCGAAUCGGAGGCCUAUCCGCCGCUCUUCUCGCCACAGGACCUCAGCUGCGUCGAGGAGAAGAUCAGCGCCUACAAGAGCUACACCAUCGACAACCUGCGCGUGCUGCGCAAACAGUUCCUGAAGCAGUGCCUCAGCGAGCGUCUGGUGGACGCGGAGCCGGCCCUUCCCAAGUUCGAGUCGCAGCUGAUGGUGACCCGCAUCGGGAUCACGUGCACCUGCCGCUCCCUGCGACCCGGCGAGGUCUGCUCGGAGCUGGAUCCCCUCGAGGCGCAGCACUGGACGGAGUUCAUGGGGAACUCGGGACACGGCUUCUAUGCCAACCACUAAUCGCUAAUCGCUGGCGGCGGAGGAGUUCCCGGCGGAGGAUAGGGUCCUUUUGGCCCCCCGACGCCGAAACAUCCCGCCACCCGGCCUAUCUCUUUCUCUCAAUGUCUCUGUCAACAGUCACUAUUGUAAUUUAUCGUCAUUUGCGUGUUGUGGGGUUUCUUGUAAUCGUAACAGUAUUUACCUGCGUGUAUUUGUGUAUAUUUUACGAGUUCUUUUGACAAAUA